UUAAACUUUACAGUGAGUCUUUGGCAAGAUAUGGCGAAAGCCCAUACCUUUAACCACUCUAUGGCCUUGGAGAACUGCCCCAAGGAUUUGCAAGGCUAAGUGCUAUUUAUGGAGGUACCUAUAUGCUGAAUAAACCCAUUGAAGAAAUCAUUGUGCAGAAUGGAAAAGUAAUUGGAGUAAAAUCAGAAGGAGAAAUUGCUUGCUGUAAGCAGUUCAUCUGUGACCCCAGCUGUGUAAAAGAUCGGGUAGAAAAAGUGGGCCAGGUGAUCAGAGUUAUUUGCAUCCUCAGCCACCCCAUCAAGAACACCAAUGAUGCCAACUCCUGCCAGAUCAUUAUUCCACAGAACCAAGUCAAUCAAAAGUCAGAUAUCUACGUCUGCAUGAUCUCCUUUGCGCACAAUGUAGCAGCACAAGGGAAGUACAUUGCCAUAGUUAGUAUGACUGUGGAAACCAAGGAGCCUGAGAAGGAAAUCAGACCAGCUUUGGAGCUCUUGGAACCAACUGAGCAGAAAUUUGUUAGCACCAGUGACCUCCUGAUACUGAAAGACUUGGGAACAGAAAGCCAGAUCUUUAUUUCCCGCACGUACGAUGCCACCCACGUGUUUUUCUAA